AGGCAGCCUGUCUCAAAAAAGCUCAAAAUGAGGCCCUUGCCAUUCAUCCCGACACUGAUGGGUCAGAGGCAGAUCUCUUGAGUUGGAGGCCAGCCUUGUCUACUUGGUUGUCUCAAAACCAAACAAGAAGUUCCAAGAACAGAAGCAGUUUCCCCGUGGCCAGAUCUGCCUGCUCAAUUUGAACCUAACAAGUUGCUUCCUAUAGAGCUUGCUACUUGUAGAGCACCCCUUCCUCUGACCAACUAGGGUAGUUUAGUGUUACAAACACCCUUUUCUCUUGCUUUGACCCACUCCAGGCUAAGGAAAGCUUUUCAGGGACCCGACUCAGCCUUGAGAUUGCCAGCAGACACAACAAGGGGUGGGGGCACCGUGGGCAGGAGCAGGGUCAAGCAAUUACCCAGCCCUAGCCUGCCACUAGGACCCUUGAUGCUCCGAGCUUCAGUACCUUUUCACAUGGACCCCACGGUAGUGCUCAUUACCGGUUGCUCCUCUGGAAUCGGCCUGCAUUUGGCUGUUCGUCUGGCUUCUGACCGUUCCCAGAGCUUCAAAGGUAUAGGACGGGAAAGAUCUGGGGAGAGGCCCCAGAGGUAAGCAGAAUGAUGAAUCUUCGUCCUCUACCAAAUUUUAGUUUAUGCCACAUUGCGGGAUCUGAAGUCACAGGGACCAUUGUUGGAGGCAGCCAGGGCUCAGGGAUGCCCUCCGGGCUCCCUGGAGAUACUGGAAUUGGACGUCAGAGACUCGGAAUCUGUGGCUGCUGCCCAGGCAUGCGUGACGGAGGGUCGAGUGGAUGUACUGGUCUGUAAUGCUGGACGCGGCUUGUUCGGGCCGCUGGAAGCGCAUGAGUUGAACGCUGUGGGUGCUGUACUGGAUGUGAAUGUUCUUGGGACCAUCCGGAUGCUUCAGGCCUUUCUGCCAGACAUGAAAAGGCGCCACUCCGGGCGUGUGCUGGUGACCGCGAGUGUGGGAGGUUUGAUGGGGCUGCCAUUCCACGAAGUGUACUGUGCCAGCAAGUUUGCGCUCGAAGGUCUGUGCGAGAGUCUGGCGAUCCUGCUGCCGCUCUUUGGAGUCCACGUGAGCCUCAUCGAGUGCGGGGCAGUGCACACAGCCUUCCAUGAAAAGCUGGAGGGCGGCCCGGGCGGGGCUCUGGAGCGAGCAGAUGCCCAGACCCGCCACCUCUUUGCGCACUAUCAGCGUGGUUAUGAGCAAGCCCUGAGCGAGGCGCAGGACCCAGAGGAGGUGACGGAGCUCUUCUUGACUGCGAUGCGAGCCCCGCAGCCUGCGCUGCGCUACUUCUCCACGAACCGCUUCCUGCCGCUGGCCCGAAUGCGCACAGAGGACCCCAGUGGCAGCAGCUACGUCGAAGCCAUGCACCGCGAGGCCUUCUCUGAUCUGCAGGUCCAGGAGGGUGCCAAGGCUGGGGCCCAAGUUUCAGGGGAUCCAGACACGCCCCCCAGAGCCCUCAUUUGUCUCCCCGAGUGUGCAACCCCUAGGGUGACAGCUGAAUUGGGAUGGUCUGCAUCAGAUAAACCGGAUCAGAACAAAUCAUGUUACCAGCAAAAGAUCUAAGCCAGAAUCUCUUUUUAUUAUUUUAGAAUGUGUUUUGUUUUAAGACAAGGUUUCACUAUGUAGCCCUGUCUGAACUGUAACUCAUAAAGAUCCACCUGCUUCUC